GGCAGCAACAUCUCUAGCUCUACCUUUGCUGAUGGCGAGCUCCUCCCCAGGGAACCCGGCUUCUUCCAGGAAGACGAGGAGGAAACAAUGACACUGGCCCUGCCUGAGGGACCCCAGGAGUUAGAAAUGGACAGCCCCAUGGAGAGCAGCCAGGGCCUGGAGGGCUCUGUCAGGAGUCCUGGCGAGGAGAAGGAGCCUGAACUGGGGGGCCUGUACCUGCCAGAGGACAAUGCGGGGCAGACCCCAAGGAAGAUGCGGCACGCCUACAACAGUGAGCUGCUGGAUGUGUAUUGCUCUCAGUGCUGCAAGAAGAUCAACCUGCUGAAUGACCUGGAGGCCCGGCUGAAAAACCUAAAGGCCAACAGCCCCAACCGGAAGAUCUCAAGCACAGCUUUCGGACGGCAGCUCAUGCACAACAGUAACUUCAGCAGCAGUAACGGCAGCACUGAGGACCUGUUCCGAGACAGCAUUGACUCCUGUGACAAUGACAUCACAGAGAAGGUGAGCUUCCUGGAGAAAAAGGUAACAGAGCUGGAGAACGACAGCCUGACCAGUGGGGACCUGAAGAGCAAGCUGAAGCAGGAGAAUACUCAGCUGGUGCACAGGGUGCAUGAGCUGGAGGAGAUGGUGAAGGAUCAAGAGACCACAGCAGAGCAGGCACUGGAGGAGGAGGCCCGGCGACACCGUGAGGUCUACUGCAAGCUGGAGCGGGAGAAGAGCACCGAGCUGGAGCUGCUCAACACCAGAGUACAGCAGUUAGAAGAAGAAAAUACUGAUCUGAGAACAACGGUGACUCGACUUAAGUCACAGACAGAGAAACUGGAUGAGGAACGGCAGCGCAUGUCUGACCGUCUGGAGGACACCAGCCUUCGCCUCAAGGAUGAGAUGGACCUUUAUAAGCGCUUGAUGGACAAGCUGAGGCAGAACCGCCUUGACUUCCAGAAGGAGCGGGAGGCGACCCAGGAGCUCAUUGAGGACUUGCGGAGGGAGCUGGAACACCUGCAGAUGUACAAGCUGGACUGUGAGCGGCCCGGUAGGGGCCGCAGCUCAUCUGGCCUUGGCGAGUUCAACGCCAGAGCCCGCGAGGUGGAACUUGAACAUGAAGUCAAGCGUCUGAAGCAGGAGAAUCACAAGCUGCGGGAUCAGAACGAUGACCUGAACGGGCAGAUCCUAAGCCUCAGCCUCUAUGAGGCAAAGAACCUUUUUGCCACCCAGACCAAAGCCCAGUCUCUGGCUGCAGAAAUCGACACAGCAUCCCGAGAUGAGCUAAUGGAGGCCCUGAAGGAGCAGGAGGAGAUCAACUUCCGACUGAGACAGUACAUGGACAAGAUUAUCCUGGCUAUACUGGACCACAACCCUUCCAUCCUGGAGAUCAAACACUGAGCCAGGGCUGGCUGCAGAGCGGCCAUUGGACCUAGGACCUAGGGGCAGGCCUGCCUGAGGACAAAGAUGCAGGCAGGACCCCACACUCACUCUGUAAAUGUACCUCUGACCACCCUGUAUGUAUGUGCUAGUGGAUGUGCGGGAGACCGCACACACAGGCAAGGAGUGAGC